UGAGGCGCCGCGUCGGGGAAAAUUUAAACCCGAGGCGGGGCAGCUGGCCGCAGCGCAGAGCGGGUGGCGGCGGCCAUGGCGGAGGCAGCGGCGGUGGCUGUGUGCGUGCGGGUGCGGCCGCUGAGCAGUAGAGAAGAAGAACUUGGAGAAGCUCCCCAGAUUUACUGGAAAACUGACCAUAAUGUUAUUUAUCAAGUUGAUGGGAGUAAAUCCUUCAAUUUUGAUCGUGUCUUUCAUAGCAAUGAAACUACUGCAAAUGUAUAUGAAGAAAUAGCAGUGCCGAUCAUCGAUUCUGCCAUACAAGGGUAUAAUGGAACUAUAUUUGCCUAUGGGCAGACCGCUUCUGGAAAAACCCAUACUAUGAUGGGCUCAGAAGAUUGUUUGGGAGUUAUACCCAGAGCAAUUCAUGACAUCUUCCAAAAAAUUAAGAAGUUUGCGGACAGAGAGUUUCUCUUGCGUGUGUCUUACAUGGAGAUAUACAACGACACCAUUGCAGAUUUACUCUGCAGUACUCAAAAAAUGAAACCUUUGUUAAUUCGAGAAGACAUCAAUAGGAAUGUAUACGUUGCUGAUCUCACAGAAGAAGUGGUUUACACGUCUGAAAUGGCUUUGCGCUGGAUCACAAAGGGAGAAAAGAACAGACAUUAUGGAACAACAAAAAUGAAUGAAAGAAGCAGUCGUUCACAUACCAUUUUUAGGAUGAUUCUGGAGAGCAGGGAGAAAGGUGAACCUUCUAACUGUGAUGGCUCUAUCAAGGUGUCCCAUUUGAAUCUGGUGGAUCUGGCAGGCAGUGAGAGAGCCGCUCAAACAGGAGCUGAAGGUGUGCGAUUCAAGGAAGGCUGUAAUAUAAAUCGAAGCUUAUUUAUUUUGGGACAAGUGAUCAAGAAACUAAGUGAUGAACAAAUUGGUGGUUUUAUCAAUUAUCGAGAUAGCAAAUUAACUCGAAUUCUCCAGAAUUCCUUGGGAGGAAAUGCAAAAACUCGUAUCAUCUGCACCAUUACGCCAGCCUCUUUUGAGGAAACUCUGACCACUCUACAGUUUGCUAGCACUGCUAAAUAUAUGAAGAACACUCCUUACGUUAAUGAGGUGUCAAGUGAUGAAGCGCUCCUGAAAAGAUACAGAAAGGAAAUAGUGGACCUGAGAAAGCAGCUCGAGGAGGUAAAUAUAAAGACUCGGGCCCAGGAAAUGGAAAAAGACCAGUUGGCCCAGCUUUUGGAUGAAAAAGAUUUGCUUCAAAAAGUACAGGAUGAGAAAAUUCACAACUUAACACGGAUGCUGGUGACCUCAUCUUCCCUCACAUCACAUCAGGAAUUAAAGGCUAAAAGAAAACGAAGAGUCACUUGGUGCUUUGGCAAAAUUAACAAAAUGAAGGAUUCAAACUACGAGAGAGAGUUCAGUAUACCAGUGAAUGUGACAACCAGGACAUCCAGGAAUGCUGUCACACUGUUAGGGGAGAUUGAUGAGACUUUCUUGGAGUCUGAUACCUUCAGCAAUACUCCUGAUACACUAACAGAGAUAGAGUGGAAUUCAGCGACACAGCUACUAAAUGAGGAAAACUUAGAAAGUGAGUUGAACUCACUUCGUGCUAAAUAUGAUAAUAUGGUAUUAGACUAUGAACAAGUAAGAAGAGAAAAUGAAGAAAUGAGGUUAAAACUAAAAGAAAGAAGUGACUUGGAUGAAUUUGAGGCUCUAGAAAGAAAAACUGAAAAAGAUCAAGAGAUGCAACUAAUUCACGAAAUCUCCAACCUGAGGAAUUUAGUUAAGCACGCAGAAGUUUAUAACCAGGAUCUUGAGAAUGAACUAAGCUCCAAAGUAGCACUGCUGAGAGAGAAAGAAGCUGAGAUUAAGAAGCUGCAGAACUACAUAGACUCCCAGAAGUCAGAGAGCACAGCCUUGGACUCGCCCUUCCCACGGGACAAUGAUGAUGACUUCAAAGAAAUGAAACAAUCUUUGUUUGAUGCUGAGACUGUAGCCCUUGAUGCCAAGAGAGAAGCAGCCUUUCUCCGAAGUGCAAAUCUGGAACUGAAAAAACAAAUGAAAGAACUUGCAAAUACGUGCAAACAAAUGGAAAUUGAUACUCAGGUAUAUCAAAGCCAGUUGGAGGCCAAAAAGAAAAUACAAGUUGAUCUGGAGAAAGAGUUACAAUCUGCCUUUAGUGAAAUAACCAAACUCACUUCCCUUGUAGAUGGCAAACUUCCAAAAGAUUUGCCCUGCAAUUUGGAAUUGGAAAGGAGGAUUACAGAUCUGCAGAAAGAGCUGAGUAAAGAAAUUAAAGAAAAUGAAGCUUUACAGAAGGAGAUUAACUUGCUGUCAGAGCUGAAAUCCCUGCCCCCUGAGAUAGAAACACUGAAGAAAGAGAUGCGUGAUCGCUCAGAGGAGCUGUCUGUGGUAACAUCAGAGAGAGACAGGCUGUGCUCCGAAGUGACCCAGAAGGACAGCAGAAUCCAAGCCUUACUUGAGGAAAUUGGGAAGACUACAGAGGACCUGGCCACCAUCCAGCUGAAUUAUCAAAACACUGUGCAAGAACUUCAAGAUUUCAAAAUCCUUUGUGUGGAGUUGGAGCAAAAAUAUAAAACGGUCCAAGAGGAGAAUGAGAAAAUGAAUCAGCAAGUGGGAAGUCUCUCCAGAGAAACAGAAAACCUUCGUUUGAGUUUAGAUACUGUGAGGACUGAGCUUUCCGACAAUGGCCCGCAGCAUCAGCAGGAAACAGCCAAGGUUCAGGAGAGGCUGCAUGAGGUGGAGCAACUGCAGGAAGAGUUAGAGCGGAGAGACGCUGGGCUCCAAGCUACCGAGCAGGAGAAGGCGCUGGUGAAGCAGCGGCUGCAGCAGACCCUAGAGGAGGUACAAAGCCUGGCCCGGGAGAAGGAGGCCCUGAGCCAGCUGUGUGACAGCCUGCAGGCAGAGCGGGACCAGCUCCAGGACACGAACACAGACACGCAGGAACAGUUGCGAAAUGCCUUGGAGUCCCUGAAGCAACACCAGGAAACAAUCACGGCACUGAAAGUGAGAAUUUCUGAGGAGUCAUCCAGGAAUUUGCAUGCAGAGGAAACCCAAGGAGAAACCGAGCAUGAAUUUCACCGAAAGCUGAUUAGUGUAGAUGAAAAACAGAAUUUGGAAACCGAAACAACUGGAACAUUGACUGCAGGUGUGAUGGACAGUGAGGAAUCUGAGCAACAAAGGAAGAUCCGCUCUCUGCUACAGGAGAAAAAUGAACUGCAGCAAAGGCUGGAAAGCGUUACAGCGGAGAAGGACCAGCUGAAGACUGAUCUCCAGGCAAACAUUGAAAUGACCAUUGAAAAUCAGGAAGAAUUAAGAAUUCUUGGAGACAAGCUUAAAAGGCAACAAGAAAUAGUCACCCAGGAAAAAAAGCAUGCCAUUAAGAAAGACGAAGUGCUUGCUCAGACCUGUGAGAGACUGGCAGAAGUUGAAGGAGAGCUACAGGAAAAGAAUGAGCAGCUCCAAGAAAAACAGCAGCAGCUUCUUACCGCACAAGAGGAGAUGAGUAAGAUGCAGAAAAAGGUGAAUGAAAUGGAGAAUCUAAAGAAUGAGCUGAAAAACCAGGAAUCCAGGCUAGAACGUGUGGAAAUGGAGAGGCUUGAGCUGGCUCAGAAACUGCAUGAAAGCUAUGAGGAAACGAAAUCCAUCACCAAAGAAAGAAACGCCCUAAAGGAAUCACGGGAGUCAGCGGAAGCAGAAAGAGACCAGCUUAAAGAAUACAUCAGGAAACUUGAAGCUGGACGCCCACAUACAGAAGAGGAGUCCGCCAUGGCCCCCAUGCAGCUAAGUGAACACCAGGAAAACAUUGCUGAGCUCCGAAGCCGUGUUGCUGAGACUGAAGCUGAGGAAGUUACUUCUCAGGAGGACUUAGAGGAAUCCAGGACCAGUGCGGAAGAAAAGAGUAACACAUCCCUGGCUGCCAGCAGUGUGUUUCGUGAUUCCCUGAAAAUCCAAGAGGCUCAGGACAAACAAGAGCAGCCCUUCACGGGGGGAGAAAAAGUGGAGAGCCCUGAAGGGAGAGAGGUGGAGGAAAGGAAGGAGCGGUCUGAGGCCAGAGACUCUGCCCUGCCGAGGGGGGAAAUGGAGAGGCUCCAGCUGUGUGAGAGCCUUGAGGAGAGUCGCCGCCGACUGUCAUCCUUAGCGAAGGAGAGAGACGACCUCCAGAGGCUGCAGGGAACGCUGCAGGCAGAGCGUGACCAGCUCACAGAGCGUGUCAGAGAGCUCAGCGCCAAACACCAGGACACAGAAGAGGAGCUUACAGUUGCUCAUUGCUGCCUGAAAGAGCAAAAAGAAACCAUUGAUAAGCUGAGGGUGAAUCUGUCUGAGAAGGAAGCCGAGCUGGUGGGCGUUGAAAAGGAACUAGAAGCAGCCCGCCAGGAGCUUCAGAAAAAGCUCCAGGAACUUGAGGAGGAACGGCAGUGUCGCAGGGCACAAGCUGCCCAGGAGGCCCAGGAGGCUAGGUGGGACGCAGAGCGCUUCAAAGAGCAGCUGGAGGCCCAGAGGUCGGCCCUGGAAAACAUGGACUCGGAGAAUAGGAAGUUGACGCAGAGGCUCCAUGAAAACCUUGAGGAAAUGAGAGCUGUCACACAAGAGCGAGAUGACCUCAGGAGUGUGGAGGAGACUCUGAAAGCAGACAGAGAGCGGCUCAGGGAAAGCCUGGAAGACGCUGUGGCCAGAGACCUGGAAAAACAGGAGGAAGCAAGAAUUGCUCACCUGCAGCUGAAAGCGCAUCAGGAAACCAUCGAUGAACUCAGAGGGGUUGUUUCUAAGAAGACAGCCGAGAUGCUGAACACGCACGUGGACUUGGAAAGCGCACAGGCGGCCUUGAAAGCGCAGGCCCAAGAACUUGAGAAGAAGGACCAUCAGCUUCUUCAGGUGGAAAAUAAUCUCAAAGAAACUACGUUUCAAACGGAAGUGUUGAAGAAGCAAAUGGAGACCCAGAAUGCAGCUCUGGAGAGCUCGGAGAAGGAGCGAUUCAGACUGACCGAGCAGCUGGAUGAAAACCGCGAGGAAGUGCAGUUUCUGAAGGAGGAAAAUGAGAGCCUGAGAAGUGCGGAGGAGGCCCUGAGAGAGGACAAAGAGCGGCUGCAGGGGAGGCUGAGCAGGGCAGAAGCCCAGGUGCUGCAGAUGCAAAAGGAGCUCAAGAUGGCACAGGUGCAUCAGAGAGAACACCAGGAGACUAUCGCUGGCCUCCAGCGGCUUGUUUCGGAGAGGACAGAGGAAGUGGCGACUAUGAAGGCGGAUUUGGAAACUUCCGGUGCUCAAUUUCAAGAAAAGAUUAGAAAACUGCAGAAUGAGAAUGAACGUCUACUCUCUAAAUUAAAAGAAGUCAGUGAGACACAAAAAGAGCUCAAGGACCAGAGUGUAAUGGACUGCCGGCCCUGCCGCCCACGGGAGGCCAUGAGCGCUGGAAGGAGGUCACCGCGUGGAGCAGUGCAGCAUCUCCCAGGCAACCUGAGGGAAAAGGGCCUCCGGAUAGGAGAGCUUCUGAAGAGAUACUCAGAGAUGGCUACUGAGUACGAGUGCUUGGACGGAUUGUGUCUGGACCUGGAGAAGGAACUUGAAAUCAAGAAAGAGCUUUCAACUCAAGUAAACUCGAACCUCUGCCGUUUGUUGCCAGAAACCAAACAGUUUCAGAAAUUACUGGCUACCAACCUGAACCGUUCCAUGGAAUUCCACAGGGUCCUGUGUGGACUGAAGUUUUUGCUAAUCGAUGUGGCGAAGAUGAAGGAGGAAGAGCAUGAAUCCAUCAAUAAGUUUGAAAUGGCUCUCAUCGAUGAGGUGGAGAAGCAGGAUGAGCUGCACAUUAAAAUGCGACAGCUCUGGCAGGAGGACAGGGGGCCGGCAUCAGAAUUCAGGCACCACAAGCUGAAUGAGCUCAUGGAUAUGCAGAUAGAGGAAAUUCUCAAAGACUUCUCAGAAAACGACUUCCCCAGCAUGAAAAUUGAGCUUCAACAAGCACUGAGUGACCAGAAAGAAAUGGUUCGGUUUUUGCAAGAGUGGUUGAGGACUCACUUUGACAUAGAAAAGCUUAAAAACGGCCUCCAGGAACAGUAUGACAGCAUUUGCCAAGUGAAUAAAUUGUAUCAUAACAAAAAACAUGCCAUAGUCGAUGAGGCACUGAUGUUUGACGAAAGAAGUGCUGCCAGAUGCACAGAGCUGGAGCAGUACCUGGACUCAGCAAGAGAGGAACGCAGAGCGCUGCUCAGAGGCUGCCAGGUGCUGCCUGCCUCCCCAGGGUCCAGUGUCCAGAGCGAGCCUGUUGCAUGGGCCGACAAGAGUCCUCGUGUCCCCCCAGGAGCUGUGCAGCUGGCCAUACAGAAAAUUCAGGAGCUGCAAACUUCCCUUCGAGAAGCGAAAGAAAGCGCUGUGCAUAAGGAAGACAAGAUUAUACAGAUGCAGAAAGAAUUUGAACAAUCCCGUGACCUCAUAGUGAAACUUGAAGCCAAAGUUAAUGAAUCAAAUAAAUGCCUUGAAAAAUCCAAUGAAAUGAUCCAAGAACUUCAGGACAAAGCCGCUCUAGGAGCUAAGCCAUACAAGCACGAGAUUGAAGUUCUGAAGACGGAGCUGGUGAAAUCAGACCUGGAUAAGAAGAAAAUUGCCAAGGAAUUUGAGAAGGACAUUGCUUCUGCCAGAGCCCUCGUGGAUCAUCAGAAAGAAGUCAUCCGGCAGCUAAGAGAAAACCUCAGGAGGAACCAGCAGGCACACGAGACCUCACUGGUCCUAGAGCCCGGGCCUGACCCGCCUCGCCAAAAGCCCCUGACCUGCGGCGGGGGCAGUGGCAUCGUGCAGAACACUACGGUGCUCAUCCUGAAGAGCGAGUUCCUGCGGCUGCAGAAGGAGCUGGCGUCGCUGACGCAGCAAAAUGAGCAGCUGAUGCAGCAGAAGAGCGAGCUGCUGAGCAAUAACCAGCAACUUUCCAAGGAGGUCAGCACUUGGAAGGAGAGGAGCCUCCGAAGAGAGCCUCAUGGGGAAGUCACCUGCCAGCCAGUUCUGAGGUCCCCUGCUCGGGUGCCUGGGGACACCCCUCAGAAGCAGCAGGACAUCCUUGCUCCACGGGGGGAGCGUAACGUGCAGGACCCUGUGCCGAAGGAUUCGCCCAAGUCUCGGUUUUUUGACCCCCGCUCCAAGUCCUUUGUGACCCCUCGUCCAGUUCGCUACUUUGACAACUCCGGCCUGGGCCUUUGCCCAGUGGAGCAAGCAUCAGACACAGAGAACACGGACCCCAGGUUACCGCCCAGCACCUCCCUGAGGGAUGCGCCCGAGUGCAGGAUGCAGUAGGGCCCGCGGCCUGCAUGCCGGCUGCCUGGGAACAGGGCUCUCGACCUGCUGUGUCCUCCUCAUGCCACGUCAGCGGGCCGCACGAGCUCCGGUCCACCUUCACCCGGCCGCCGCCACUGGAAGAUGAAGGAACAGGAGUAAUGGAGAUUGGUGACAGCAAGACCUCACGUGUGACGCUUUUAAAUGUUGACUUAUUUAUUUAUGUGUUGUAAAGAAUGAAGACACUGGGGCUGGGGAUUUAACUCGGCGGCAUAAGCAGCUCCUGGCAAGUGCAAGGUCAUGAGUUCAGUGUGUCGUGUCCCCUUCACCACCCCCCCCCCGCCAUUGAAAACAAAGAAGUCACUGAGGGGAAUCUCAGUCUGUCAGUGUGGGCACAGUAUCCACAGCUGUGUUACUCACACGUUAUUUGGGAAUGAACAAAAUUAUAAACCCCUUGUGAGCACUUGCACACUGAAUAAACAUGUACUUCUGGAUCGCA